AUGUCGGACCAGGGGAACUACAACAGCUGGACCAAGGCCGGGCUCAUCCAGCGGGUCAAGGAGCUGGAGAAGCAGCUCAAGGCCAAACAACAUGGACAGGAGCAGAAGCAGGACGAAAACGAGCACGACGAGGCCUCCGCCGCCGCCCAACCGGCCAAGAAGCCCAAAUCCAAGGGCAAGAAGAAGAUGGACCCCUCAAAGUACGCCACGCGGUACAUUGCGCUGAAGCUGGCGUACCUGGGCAAGAACUUUGGCGGCUUCGAGUUCCAGGCCAUGGGCAACCAGCCGUCCAUCGAGGAGGAGCUGUGGAACGCGCUGACCAAGGCGUGCCUCAUCUUCCCCGAGGACGAGCGGAUCGUCGACUUUGAGUGCUGCGAGUAUUCCAAGUGCGGGCGGACGGACCGCGGCGUGAGCGCCUUUGGGCAGGUCAUUGGGCUGAGGGUGCGGAGCAACAGGCCGUUGCCCAAAAAGCCGGUCGAGGGCGCCGAGGAGAUGGACGUGGAACAGACAGGGCCCCUGGCAUCAGCUUCAGCAGAGCAGGAGACGCAGCCGCAACAAGACAAAGACGACGACAACAAGGCCAAGGCCAAGGCAAAGGCCAAGGCAAAGAAGCAGCCGGAGCCCACCAGGCCCUUUGACGACAUCCGCGACGAGAUCCCCUACCCGCACGUCCUCAACCGGCUGCUCCCCAAGGAGAUCCGGAUCCUCGCCUGGUGCCCGUCGCCGCCGCCCGGCUUCUCCGCCCGCUUCUCGUGCCGGGAGCGGCAGUACCGGUAUUUCUUCACGCAGCCGGCCUUUGCCCCCGCGCCGUCUCACGUCGACAACACAGCAGCAGCAGCAGCAGCAACCGGGCAAGGAGGAGCCAACGGCAAGGCUGUCAAGUCCGGCUGGCUGGACAUUGACGCCAUGCGCGACGCGGCGAAGCGGUACGAGGGAGAGCACGACUUCCGCAACCUGUGCAAGAUUGACCCGGCCAAGCAAAUCACCAACUUCAAGCGGCGCAUGUUCGAGUCGGACAUUGUCGAGGUCGAGGACGCCGCGUCGGCGCUGCCGUACCUCCAAGCGGCGGGCUUUGCCCCCGAGAACCUUGAGGCGCUGGACUCUUCGUCGUCGUCGUCGUCUGCUUCGGGGGCCAGAAAGGGGAUGUAUCCCAAGGUGUACUAUUUCCACGUCCGCGGGUCCGCGUUCCUGUGGCAUCAGAUCCGUCACAUGGUUGCCGUGCUGUUCCUCGUGGGCCAGGGGCUGGAGAAGCCGUCGGUGGUGAGCGAGCUGCUCGACGUGGACAAGAACCCGCGGCGGCCAAACUACGUCAUGGCGGACGAGGUGCCGCUGGUGCUCUGGGACUGCAUCUUCCCGUCUGAUCUGAGCGCGUCGACGGCGGCCCAUCGCGAGGACGACGCGCUGCGGUGGGUGUACGUCGGGGAUGACGGGCCGAGCGGGCGGUUCGGCCAGUUUGGCAUCAUGGACGACGCGUGGCAGAUGUGGCGCGAGAAGAAGAUGGACGAGGUGCUUGCCGGGCAGCUGCUGCAGCAUAUCUCGAAGCAGGGCAAUAACACUGCUACUUCGUCCAAGGCGGCGGCGACGACGACGACGACCGCGGCGGCGACCAGCGUAAAGGUGUUUGAGGGCGGUAACGGCGGGAGGCUGAGCGGCAAGUAUCCUGGCAUCAUGAACAUGAAGUUGCUGGAGAGCGCGGACGAGCAGAACGACAAGUAUGCCAAGAGAAAGGGGUAUGCGGAUGCGGAGGACAUGAGGGCGAAGAAGGGGUUGAAGAGUGCCAAGGCGGAGGAGGAUAUCACCAUGGCGGAUGAAUGA